AUGAGCACAGGGCACAACGAUGACAUGAAUCCUUUCCAGAUUCCCGAUGACGAGGGUGGCGCUUCCAAAACAUCCGCAGCGAAUCAAGCCUCAGCUGCAUCAUCACAUUCGUCGUUGCACGACAGCGCGGCAGACGAUGCCCGUGUUCAGGAAGACGACGACGACCAAGGCUGGGCCGGCUCUUCCUCCCGUGCACAGAUGAACGCUGCGCCGGAUGCCACUCCGAAUCCAGACGCUUCUACCCCUUCUUCCGCUCAGCGUGCAACGUUUGCUUCACCACCUUCCAUCAUCGAGAUUGUGGAUGCCCAAAAGUCGGGCGACGGCGGCUCGUCCUUCAUCGUCUAUGUCAUUCGAAACGGAACGUCCGAGGCCAAGAGGCGAUACUCGGAAUUCGAGGCGUUACGCGAAGCGCUCAUUCGACUGCAUCCCACCAUCAUCAUCGCUCCCAUCCCUUCCAAGCAUACAUUGAGCGACUAUGCAGCGAAGCAGAGCAAAGCCAAAGAGGAUGCCACCAUCAUCGCUCGUCGCAAGCGUAUGCUCCAGAGCUUCCUGCGUCGAUGCGACAACCAUCCAAAGCUUCGAGGCGACGAGGUGCUCCAAAAGUUCCUCGAUGGGCGAUAUCACUGGAACGAAAUCACCGCUUCACCUCCGCUUGUGCACCUUCCAAAGAACAACCUGCGAGCACCCGUACAGAACCCUGCCGAUCCACAUGCCAGUCCAGCGUAUGCACACCUCCCGUUGCCGUCGUCGGUCUCGUCGCUGCGACACCCGAAUCAGCGCUUCAUCGACUCGGAGGCUUUCACCAAUCGAUUCGCCAAUCACCUUUCUGGAAGUAUGGAAAAGGUCAAUCGUCGGCUCAUGCGACGCUGGACAGAGGCUUCCACCGACUAUGCCGAGCUUGGCGCCAUUCUCAACGGAUUUUCCUUGACGGAAUCCGGGCAGCUUGCCACGGCCAUCGAGCGCACGGGUCAGGCUGCCGAUGCUGCCUACAUUGCCACGGGUCAGAUGCUCAAGCAGUGGGAGGAGAAAUUCACCGAGCCUCUUCACGAGUACACGCAGUUUGCCGCGAUACUGCAGAAGCUUCUCAAGUGGCGUCAUCUCAAGAACCUGCAGUACGAGCUGGCGCAGGAUGCGCUCGAAGCUAAAAAGACGCAGCUCGAGGAGCUCGAGAGGGUGGAGAAUGAGGCGAAGCGGUUGGAGGAGGCGUUGGAACGUGGCGGGGCUGGGUUGGUGGGCAGUGGUGGACGUGUGACGGGUGGUGGCAUCGACGCCAAUGGUAUACGUGAUGGGGUGGGCUCGGGCUUCCGUCCUUCUGCCUCUGUGUACGGACGAGCAAGUGGGGAGGAAGCUGGCUCUGCUGCCAAUGGUGGAGCGAAAAGCAGCGGUGGUGGUAGUGCCAAUGACAGCACGGAUGCUGCGGCUGCAUCUGCUUCUGAAGCCAACGGAUCUCAGAGCGCACGAUCUCGAGCGACAUCACCACCCUCGUCACCAUCCAAACGAUCCUCCUCCCGAUCUACGGGCUACGGUCUCUUGGGCGCAAUCACACACACGUUCCAAAGCGUCAUGGACGUCGAUCGUGACGCAUCACGACGAAGCAACAUCUCGAAACUUCGCGAAGAGAUCUCGCUCUUGGAAGAAGGUCUUUCUCUUACCUCGAACGAUCUGCACUACGCUACGGUGGCCAUUCAGGCUGAUCUGGAUCGGUUCCAGAGGCAGAAGGUGAGCGAUUUCAAGGAGAUGAUGUUGGACUUUGCCAAGAUGCACAGGGAGUUUGCACAGACGAAUCUGGAUAAUUGGAGGGAGGCGAAGCGGGAGAUUGAUGCGGUGGAGAGGCCGGCGGGUAUGCCGGAGAGCAGUUUGGCAAGGAGAGAUGGGGCAAGUACGCCGGUUAGGAGGUCGUAG